UUUCCUUUGCAGCAAAAAUAAUUUCUCUUAUGGAGAGGCAAAUCAUAAACAAGAAAAAGCGAGUAUUUUCUCUUGAACCAAACAAGGACCCUAGUGCAGUUUUCACGAGAAAGUACACAAACCACUUGGUUCCUGCACUCAAGAAGCUCAACAUGAACAAGAGCUCUUCCAAACAAACCGUGAAGCAUGAAGUAGACAUGGCUUUGGCUUUGUCUGCUCAAGAAUUUGCAUGGAGCCGUUUCUUGCUAGAGAAGCUAUCAUCCUCGACGAAUCCAACCAACACUACUAGUAGUUCUUCUUCCAAUCGAGUUCGGAUUCUAGAAAGAUCCGAUAAAGAAAGCGGAGACGAAGAAGGAGAGAUAGAAGAGAAACUGAGGGAGUUACAGAAGCUUUUGCCAGGUGGAGAAGAGAUGAAUGUAGAAGAAAUGUUGAGUGAGAUUGGUACUUACAUUAAAUGUCUUGAGUUGCAGACGAUUGCUCUCAAGUCCAUUGUUCAAGACACUACUUGACUCUUAGUUUUCAGUGUGUAACCUAUAGUUUGUUUUCAUGUUUUGUCCUUAAAACUAAAUUAAAAUCGUCUCUGUGUGUGUUUUUCUAUCGUUCUUCUUC